AUUUUCCAACAGGAAUUACAUCCACACAUGGUUAAGUCCAGUCUUGGAAUUACAUCCACGUACACAUGGGUAAGUCCAGUCUUGGAAUUAAACUUGUUUGAAGUCCACCCGUUCUCUCUCUCUCUGUGUGUCAUUCACGACUUUUACUGAACUUGUGACACGGAGAGCUGGAGAAAAAAUCGGCAUGUGUGAAUGAAUAUGUGGCUCCAAAACCAGAAGACGACUGAUUUCUUCGUCCAUCAUUAAUGCUUUAGACUCAUCAUAUUCUUCUUGCUUGCAGACACUUGCACGGUCUAUCGAAUAUGCAUCUCAUCUUCCUCUUGUUGGUUUCCUUGUUUCUCAAUGGAACCGCCGCCUGGCUGUGCGACCGCCAAUGUGGCGGCGGCAGAGGCAGUAUUGUUCCCCGCCCUUUCGGCUUCUCCGCCGGCUGCCCUGUCGUCCUAUCUUGCGACGUCACCCACACCUCCAUGCCGUUUCUCCCGUAUCGAGGCGGAGGCGGCGACGACGGGGCGGCCACGUCGUACCGCGUCAUCGCCUUCAACUCCACCGCCUCCACCUUCCUCGUCACCGUCCCCCCGUCCUGCACCCGCGACGUCUAUGUCGCCCGGAGCGAGCUAUCGGGCACCAACUACGGCGUCUCCUCCCGCACCGGCCUCUUCCUCCACGGCGGCGGCCGGUGCGGUGCGUCGGGCAAUUCCAAGACCGCCUGCAGCUUACUGCCCGCGGACAUCAUGCCAGGGUUGCUCCGCGCCGCCCAGUGCGGCGCCGGCGAGAACGGCAACGAAUCCUCCACCGCCGCGGUGGCGUGUGUCGCCUCGGCUACGCCGAAGCCGAACAACACCACCGGGGUGAGGGAAGACUUGUUUCUGGGGUGGGAAAAGACGGAGAAGGCAAAUUGCGACGGCGUGCUCACGGCCGCAGUGUAUGGGGGUGGGGUGGCGUCGCCAGAGGUUGGCGUGGCGGAGCUGGGCUGGUGGCUCGACGGGCCCUGCGCCGGCAAAGGCGCCGUGAGCUGUGCGGCGGCCGCGACGUGCUCCGACGUGCAGACGCCAAGUGGGACGGUGGGGCACCGGUGCACGUGCAUGGACGGGAUGAACGGUGACGGUUUCGCCGCAGGAGACGGAUGCUACACCGAAGUUGCCCCCAGUUCAUCGCGCCACAAAAUAGCCUUGAUGGUUGUGUAUGGUGCCUCAGCGGCUUCCAUCGUGAUCAUGUCUGUUGGAGAAUACAAUGCAACCUUCUAGAGUGUUCUCAAUAUUACAAGAAAGAAGACAUUACUAUGGAAUACUCUAGAAUAUAAAAUAAAUAAAAAAGGGAACCUUCUAGUGUUUAGAUAUGCAUGAA